AUGGACUCCUACAACUCCUGUUACCAAGAUCAAGAAUAUCAACCAGAAGAUGAAGAAACGAUAUCUCUUAGUGACUUCCAAUUGAUUUCCGACGAAAACAAUUUGCACGAAACAGAGGAUCAGUUCUGCAAACGUCAAGAUCUUCCGUCACAAGCAGAGACAAAUGAGGUUUUCGAGUUUUCGAGCUACCCUAGUUCCACCAUGUCUCAUGCAGAAGAUAUCAUCAACUGCGGUAAGCUCAUACCUUUCAAAGAGCAAGAUCAUAAAUCACAAAACUUAUAUGGCCGGCGCUGCCGGUCAGAGCCGUUGCCCGAGUUCAAGAUUAGUGGUCGUCAAUCCAACACCACCAAUAUGAAGAUGAGAAACAGCAGGUCUCUUGAUUAUCAGAAACUAAGCAGAGACUCGAGCACGAGCUCUGGUUCACCGGAUUCUCAUCGAAACAACAGUCCCGGGUUAUCAAGAUUUGAUGGUAAUAGCACAAGGAUUCCAAAACCUAGGUGGUAUAUUCUAAUGUUCGGGAUAGUAAAGUUUCCUACAGAGAUGGAUCUCCAGGAUAUCAAAAACCGUCAGGUUCAUCGUACCCCAUCCAAGUCUCUUUUUCCGAGCAUCGAGGUUGUGAAAAAACCUCCUGCUAACAAAAAAAGCUCGUGGGGAGUCCUCAAGGUCCUCAGCUGCAGGGGUGAUGCUAGUCUUAGUGUUACAGCUCCGCUUGCUUGCAUGCCACAAGCUUGA